CCAAAAGGCUCACUCAACAUCGACGGCUCAUCACUCAUACCCUCCACAGACUACCUUCUCAAUACAAAACUGCUCCCGCCGAAAGUAGCAACCACCGCCAGUAGUCCAAAAACGUUUCUCAACCUUAGUCAGCGCGCCACAGAGUCCCCCAAAGAAGCACUCCCACCGCUCUUCCACCCACUCCCACAUCCGCAAUCACGGCCUCACACACAGACCCGGCCCCAGACGACGACAGAAAGCCCUUGCGCGCUACCUUCCAACGAAAGAAGGCAGUACUUGAGCAAGGCGCUACUCAACCUCCACCACUAUCACCUGCUGCAAAUUCAGACACUGAGACUAGUGGUGGUAGUACGACGACAACAUCAACAAGCGGGAACGACGCCCGCGAAGUGCAGCUGGAACGAGAUCUAGGAGACAACAGUAUGCGUGGAGUACCAAACCAGGAUGAGAAUAACUCCUCUCCCCCGCUGAGGAAUGGAGGGAGGGAGGAGGAUAUGAACCCUCAAUGGGAAGGUAACAUCAACAACAACAACAAUAACAAUAACAACGUUAAUGGCAAUGCCGAGUACUAUGACGAUGAAGAGGAAGAGACUGGGGAAGAAGAAGAGUUUGAAGAAGAGGAAGAGUUGGAGGAAUCUGUGUCUGGCUCGGAAUCAGGAUCAUCGGUCGUCACAUGGGUCAGCUGGUACUGCUCAAGACCAGGCUACGAAUACUUCACCGAAGUCCCCGACGACUUCAUCUCCGACGAAUUCAACCUCACCGGCCUCCAAAACGUCAUGCCCUACUACAACGAAGCCCUGGACCUUAUCCUCGACCUCGAGCUCGAAGAGCAAGUCUCUCCACCCAUCAUGACCAUGUAUGAGACCGCCGCGGAGUACCUGUACUCGCUGAUCCACGCACGCUACAUCCUCACCAAGCAGGGGAUGGCGGCCAUGGCGGAGAAGUUUGAGGCGGGCGUGUUUGGGACGUGUCCGAGGGUUUAUUGUGGCGGGGCGGGCGUGUUGCCGGUCGGGUUGACGGAUUCGUUGCAUGUGGAUAGUGUGAAGCUUUGUUGUGGGCUUUGUGGGGAUAUUUACGUGCCGAAGGAUCCAAAACACCAAUCAAUAGACGGCGCCUGCUUCGGCCCCACCUUUGCCAACCUCUUCUGGCUCACCUACCCAGAAUACAUCCCCCUCCUCCACCCCCCAAAAAACCACCCGACAACAACAAGACCCCGCCGGAAGCAAAAACUCUUACCCCCGACCGCCGAACCCAACUCCAACUCCAACUCCGAUACCUCCAACUCCGACACGGACGAUGAUGACGAGGACGACGAAGACGAGAUACCCGGCGACGUGCGUGGUCUACCAGAGCUAGGAGCAGAGGAAGAAGAAGAAGAAGAAGAUGACGAAUUGGACGAGGAGGUGUACCGGAUAUACACGCCCAAAAUAUUCGGGUUCCGGAUCAACGAGCGGAGCAGGGUCGCGAGUCGGAUGAAGUGGCUGAGGUGGAAGGAGGGGAUGGAUGUCAGGGCUGUUAGGUGAUGACGGGCGUUGGGGGCCCGACCUCCCGAAUGUAUCACCACCGCGCAUCAACGCCGACCGAACUAUCAUUUACCCUCUGCGAAACCCCCCACUUUCUGAACAACACACAGGGCCGCAUACCCCACCUAGCACUUCCCUUCAGUUCACACUAGCCGCGUCCUUCUGUUUCCGCGUAUUUCUGUUAUAUUUAGGCAUUCGUCUAUGAGCGUCUCCGCGCGUAUCAGGGUAUAUUUCCCGAUUCCCGCCA